GUUUGUUCUGUUGGACUUGCUGUCGUUUUGCAUAUAUUUUCGGUUUAUUCAGUGUCGUUUUUGUGUACAUGAGACAGAGCUGGGUAUAGAAGAGAUUAGAAAAACCAAAAUUAAGGAUAAUAGGUAGUUGUUUGUCACAACAAAGAGAAGAAGUUGAAUCAGUCCACUGUAAACUUCUCCAUUAAAAGACCUCUUUUUUAUUUUCUUUUCUUUGGUCAACGAACCAACCAACCAACCAACCAACCAACAAACCAAAAAACCCAUCAUCAAUCUCCAACAUUUUCAUGUUUUAAUCAUGUAAAGAUUGUAACUUUAUGAAAAAUCAAGCAAAAAAUUCAAAUGGGUUGGUUUCUGAUUCUCCAUUCUCUGCUUCUUUUCUCACUCUUUCUCCUUCCUUCCUCUCUCUGCAAUACCCAUUACGCCAAUGAGAUUUUCCAGGCAGCCAAACAGGAAAAAGAUUGGUUGGUCUCAAUAAGGAGGCAAAUCCAUGAAAACCCAGAACUUAAAUUCGAAGAGUAUAAUACCAGUGCUCUUAUUCGAAGUGAAUUAGAUAAACUUGGUGUCUCUUAUUCUUACCCAUUUGCCCAAACUGGCAUUGUUGCUGAGAUUGGCACUGGUUUUCCACCUGUUGUGGCUUUGAGGGCUGACAUGGAUGCCCUUCCUUUGAAAGAACUUGUUGAAUGGGAGCAUAAGAGUAAGGUUGAUGGUAAAAUGCAUGGAUGUGGUCAUGAUGCACAUACAACUAUGCUUCUUGGUGCAGCUAAGUUGCUUAGCCAAAGGAAACACAAACUUCAGGGAACUGUGAGACUUCUAUUCCAACCUGGUGAAGAGGGUGGUGGUGGUGCAUCACACAUGAUAAAACAAGGUGCUCUUGGUGUUGCUGAAGCAAUAUUUGGAAUGCAUGUCGAUUUCACAUCACCAACUGGAACCAUAAGAUCUAAGUCAGGACCUCUCUUAGCUGCUGUAAGUUCAUUUGAAGCAAAAAUAAUAGGAAGAGGAGGCCAUGCCGCCGAACCCCAUCAAAAUAUAGAUCCGAUCAUUGCUGUUUCGUUUUCAAUUUUGGCAUUACAACAGCUUGUGUCAAGGGAACUCGAUCCCCUCAGCAGUCAGGUUCUAUCAGUCACCUUUGUUAGAGGUGGGACUGCAAACAAUGUAAGUCCAUCAUAUGUUGAAUUCGGAGGUACACUCAGAAGCCGCACAACUGAUGGUUUGCACCAACUCAUUCGUCGGUUGAAAGAGGUUAUGGAAGGGCAGGCUGCGGUGCAUAGAUGCACCGCGUUUGUCAGCACUAGAGAAGAAGAACAUCUAUUGUUACCUGCUGUUGUGAACGAUGAACGGCUACACGAGCAUGUCAAGAGAGUUGGAAGCCUUUUGCUUGGUUCCGAGAAUGUGAAAGAUGACAAGGAAGUUAUGGCGGGUGAGGAUUUCGCCUUCUACCAAGAAUCAAUCCCGGGAACCAUGCUUAGCAUUGGAAUCAGAAAUGAGGAAGUGGGUUCGGUACACUCGCCCCACUCGCCUUUUUUCUUUCUUGAUGAAGAUGUUCUUCCAAUUGGAGCUGCAUUGCAUACUGCCCUGGCUGAGCUUUACUUGAAUGAUCACCUUCAUCAACCAUUAAAGGAGGUUCAGUAAAUAUUUGAGUGAGAUUUGUUUUACCAGUGAGGUUCCAUGUUUGAUUUUUAAUGGUGUUUCUUUCUAGUAUUACUAUAAACAAAUAUAUAUAAUAUAUAUAAGUCAGUAUUCAAUAAUGAUGUUAUUAUUUUUAGAUCUUAAAAAAAGAAAUUAGAAUAAAGUUAUAUUAUUAAAAAAUAUUUAAUGAGUCAUUAAAAAAUAAUCUAUAAAAUUAAUAAUGGUUUUUAGAAUAGUUAAUUAGGAUUUUUUUCUCUCGAACUUUGAUAUGUAUUAAAUUAUGUUUUUUUUGAACUUUUCAAAUCGUUAAAA